AGAAUUAUUAGAAAUCACAGCCUCUCUGCUCCGCUCUCUCCCCACGUCCCCAGCCUCCUCCUCACUCACCUUGAAAAACAGAACCAAGAAAGCCAUGGCGGAGCACACCCAGAACCCCAGAACCUAGAGAGGGGAGAAAAAUAAAAUAUAGUCUUGUUUUCUUCCUGCUGCUUCGGCCGGUGAAGAUCAGCGGGCGCGGAGGGGAGGGGAAGAAGCGAAGCAAUUAGGCAGGGGGAAGGCAAGAAGGUUCAAUCAGAUGGACAUGCUGGGGAGGAGGAGGUAUUGUCCCUUCGCCAGCCAUGGCUUCUUACUGCUAAUACUUCUCCCCAGCUUGUUCUUGUUUCACCAUGCGCCCGUGGCCGCCGGCGCCGGUGCUCCGUCUUCCGAACCACAGUUAAGCAGCACGCAGGAGGCCAUUAUGGUGAAUAUCUCGAGCGUUGUGGGUAACAGCAGGUUUAACACCACCUCCAAUCCAUGCACCUGGAGUGGAGUCACCUGCACGCGCUCCGGUUCCUCUUUGGUGGUGACCAAUAUCACCCUGUCCAACUAUGGAAUAUCAGACUCCUCCAUCUUCGCUUCCAUUUGCCGUAUUCAGACCUUGCAGUCCCUUGACCUCUCCAGAAAUUCCUUCACGGAUUUGUCCACCCAAUUCUUCCCCCCUUCUUGUUCAAUGAAGGAAGACUUGCGUCUCCUCAAUCUCAGCACCAACCAGUUACGUCACCCGCUCAGUAAUUUGUCGGGUUUUCGACAGCUGGAGGUUCUUGAUUUAUCCUCCAAUUUUUUCACCAGUACAAAUUUGAGUGCAGACUUGGGUUCUUUUCCCAAAUUGAGAAGCUUGAACCUUAGUUCCAAUGAGUUGAAUGGUAAUGUUCCUACCAGUAUGGUCGACUCUUUGGUGGAGUUGGUGCUGUCUGGUAAUCAAUUGAUUGGUUCAAUUCCUUCUGGUUUGUUUAGAUAUGAAAAUAUUACUCUGCUGGAUCUCAGCCAGAACAAUCUAACUGGUCAUGUCCUAAAUGAGUUCAAGAGUCUUGCCAAGCUGGAGACUGUACUCCUUUCAGGAAAUAAACUGAGUGGGGAAAUACCAGCAAGUCUGUCGAAUGUAGCGACGCUGUCUCGGUUUGCAGCUAACCAGAACAAUUUUACUGGUCUAAUCCCCAGCUGGAUUACCAAACAUGUCAGGAUGUUGGAUUUGAGCUAUAACAAUUUGAACGGGACGAUCCCUUCAGAUUUCCUUUCCCAUCCUGGUUUGCAGAGUGUUGAUCUGACCAGUAACCAGCUUGAAGGGCCUAUUCCCAGCUACCUGUCUCCAAGCCUCUAUCGCUUGAGGCUUGGUGGAAACAGGCUUCGUGGGAACAUCUCAAACUCCAUUUGUAAUGGCACAGAAUUGGCUUAUCUUGAGUUGGAUAACAACCAGUUGACAGGAAACAUACCUUCAGAACUCGGUAAAUGCAGCAGUUUGUCUUUGUUGAGUCUGGCUUCAAAUAAGCUAAAUGGUUCAAUGCCUGGUACUAUCAGUAAACUUCAGAAGCUGGUAGUUCUGAAGCUUCAAAACAACUCUCUCACUGGACCUAUCCCAGAUACAUUUUCUGCACACCUGAGUAUAUUGAAUCUUAGUCAGAAUUCAUUCAGUGGAGGGAUACCAAGUGGAAUUUUCAAGUUGCCAAAGCUUUCAAACUUGUAUUUGCAAGACAACAAGAUUAAUGGUGCAAUUCCAAUCUCAAUUAGUUCAUCAAAGUCACUAAUUGAGCUCAAUCUUGGGGAUAAUGCUCUGGAUGGUACCAUCCCAACCAUGCCAAGCACUGUGAGCACCUCUCUUCUGAAUCUUAGUCAUAACUUUCUUACUGGACCUAUUCCUUCAAGCAUCAACUCUUUAAGUGGACUAGAGAUUCUUGAUCUUUCACACAACAAGCUAUCCGGUGAGGUGCCAGCUUCACUAGGGAGUCUUCCAAGCUUGAUACAGUUGGUGCUUUCUUAUAAUAAUCUUUCUGGAUAUCUACCUAGGUUCGGCCAAAAUGUGGAAAUCGAUAUAAAAGGGAAUCCUGAUCUUGUAAAUGGUACUGGAAACAAUAAUAGCACUUCUACUACUGGUAAGAAAAACCCACACACUGUUGUCAUCAUCAUCUUCACUAUUGCCGGUGCUCUUGUUGGAUUAUGCGUGCUUGCUGUUAUUGUUAUGAUGUCAUUGUCAAAGAGAAUUUAUCGUGUCGAAGAUGAAGGAUUACCAGCAGGGGAAUCUGUACCACAAAUAAUCAAUGGCUGCCUCAUAACUAUGAAUAGCAUCCAUACCUCUGCAAUUGAGUUCACAAAAGCAAUGGAAGCUCUCUCCAACCACCAGAACAUCUUUUUGAAGACCAGGUUCUGCACCUACUACAAGGCUGUAAUGCCUAAUGGCUCAACUUACUCCGUUAAAAAGCUUAACUCUAGUGACAAGAUUUUCCAAAUUGGGAACCAGGAAAAGUUUUCUCGGGAAAUUGAGGUGCUAGGGAAACUGACCAAUUCCAAUGUCAUGGUUCCAUUAGCCUACAUCUUGACUGUGGAUUCAGCCUACCUUAUCUAUGAGCAUGCAUACAAGGGCACAGUGUCCGAUUUACUCCAUGGCGGAAAGUCUGAUGUUAUAGACUGGCCUUCACGAUAUAGUAUUGCUUUGGGCGUGGCCCAAGGGCUGACAUUUCUGCAUGGAUGCACUCAGCCAGUUUUGCUUCUUGAUCUGUCAACAAAAACCAUCCACUUGAAGUCAACAAAUGAGCCUCAGAUUGGAGAUAUCGAGCUUUACAAAAUUAUUGACCCUUCCAGGAGUACUGGAAGCUUUUCAACAAUUGCUGGUACAGUUGGUUAUAUUCCACCAGAGUAUGCAUACACUAUGAGGCUGACGAUGACUGGCAACGUUUAUAGCUUUGGAGUCAUUUUACUGGAGCUGUUGACAGGGAAACCAUCUGUUAGCGAUGGAAUUGAAUUAGCUAAGUGGGCCCUCAGCCUUUCAGCCAGGCCUGACCAAUGGGAGCAGAUCCUUGACACCAGGGUCUCAGGAACUUCAAUUGCGGUUCACAGCCAGAUGUUGUCGGUCCUGAAUAUUGCUCUAGCUUGCGUUGCAUUCUCUCCAGAUGCUCGGCCAAAGAUGCGGAACGUCUUGAGGAUGCUCUUCAAUUCAAAGUGAAUCGGAAGCAGCCUGCAAUCAUAUCAUAGACAAAUUUUUGUGAAGUUUCAGCUUCAUUUCGUUUAUGGGUGUCAGUAAUCAGUAUACAGGCUGCCCUUGUAUAGUUCCAUAGAAGGUAGAACUCUAGCACAUGGUAGAUGAUUAUAUGUUUGCUGAAUUGGGUAAUUAGGUAUCUGUUUUGGAGCGAGUCACAAUAUGGUUUUCUAUGCUGUAACAUGGAAUAGAUGGUUAAGCAAAGCUUAAAGGUCAUGGGUAUGCCAGUACUUACAUAGAACUACAGAAGUACAUUCGAAACUGGCAGUAAUCACAAUUUUGUUUUGAUUCUUA